AUGUCAAAGUCGGUUUUGGCAGUGCUGUCGCACGUAUCCCACGGCUAUGUAGGCAAUCGGGCCAUGGUGUUUCCACUCCAGUACAAUGGUUGGGAUGUAGAUGCUAUAAACACCACCAACUAUCUGAAUCAUCCAGGGUACGGUUCAUUUGCAGGCAAACCCACGUCUUCCGAACUUGUCACGGAUCUAUUCAAGGGUCUCAAAGGAAUUGUUGACUUUAAUGAUACCUAUGAUAUGGUUAUAACUGGUUAUACCCCAAAUGAGGAAGUAUUGGAUAUCAUCUACCAACAGCUACUCGCAGUGUUGAAUUCUGACAUUUCAAGAAAGAAGCCACAGUGGAUUGUAGACCCAGUGCUAGGCGACAACGGAAGACUAUACGUUCUGGAAAAGGUGAUACCAAUUUACAAAAAGAUUCUUUCGUCCGGAUUUGUCACGCUCAUAACCCCCAACCAGUUUGAGUUCGAGAUUUUGACCGAAACCAAAAUAACAGAUUGGACGUCAGUCCGCCAGGCAUUCCGUAGAGCCCAUGAGCUCUACAAAAUUACUAACAUAGUAAUUUCAUCAGUUCUAGUAGAUGGCCAAAUGUUUGGGGUUGGCUACUCGGCAAAGGCCGAAGAACAGCAUCAAAUUUUUAGCUUUCCCAUUUCUCAGAUUCACUGUCAUUUCAAUGGCUGCGGAGACCUUUUCACUGCUCUUGUGGCCAACCAAUUUCACGAGAACAAGUAUACACUCUCUCCUAAAGUUUUGGGCGAUGUCUUAGUCAAACUUAACCUUAUCUUGGAACGUACUUACAACGAGGAAAUAGAGACCAAGGGCGUGGAGUCUGUGUCGGAGGUGAAAUCACUCCGUAUCAUCUCCCUGAGAGAUAUAUUGUUGGCUGACCAUAGCGAGGACAUAAUCGACAGAGUAAGCUACUUGAAGUAA